AUGGCAGCAAGCCAGAAGGCCGCCCGGUUGGGCGAAGAGGUCUGGAAGACACGGGUUGACAAAGUUAAUGCUGAACUGGUCACUCUCACAUAUGGCACAAUUGUGGCUCAGCUCUGCGCCGACUAUGGCAAUGACUAUGCCCAAGUCAACCAGCAGCUUGACAAAAUGGGCUACAACAUCGGAAUGCGUCUCAUUGAAGACUUUCUGGCAAAAUCCAAUACUGGUCGAUGUGGUAACUUUCGAGACACGGCAGAGAUGAUUUCAAAGGUUGGCUUCAAGAUAUUCCUUAACAUCACCCCAACUGUCACGAACUGGACGGCAGACAAUAAACAAUUCUCCUUGUUGUUUGACGAGAAUCCUCUGGCAGAUUUCGUCGAACUUCCCGACGACGGCAGGGCACAAGAUGAAUUGUGGUUUUCUAACAUCUUUUGCGGUGUUCUACGUGGAGCCCUGGAAAUGGUGCAAAUGUCUAUCGAGGCCCACUUCGUCAGUGACGUCCUCCGUGGGAACGACGUUACUGAAAUACGAGUGACCUUGAUACGCUACAUCGAGGAUGAAAUGCCACCGGAUGAUGAAUGA